CAUCCUGAGUGAGGUGGGGUCCAGUUCUCUCCCCCUGCAUCCUUGCACGCUAACCUGUGGCACUUUACAGCGCUCCUCCUGCUGCUGCAUGGGCUACUCUGACUCCAGCUCUGCUUGGAGUCCAGGCAAGUGAGGCUCCAUGCGGCACAUCCAUGCGGAGACGUCUCUGCCCCCAAGCACGGACCACAGCUUGCCCCAGCCCAGUGGAGAGGUGCCCUUGGAGCCUUCCUCGCAGCGCUGCACCCAUCACAACAUCCUUAUGGGCUACAAUGAGACAGAAAUCAAGCGCCAGAAGGUUUACCAGGUCUCCAUCUUCUCCCAUCUCUCCAGCUCCUCUGAGAGCACGGAGCACCAGGCAAGCAGCCGGUCGGCCAUCAAGAGGGGUUACCCCGAGCAGCGAACUCCAGAGGGGGUGCGAGAUCCCAAACGAACUCACUGGGGUGGUGGGGGGGUGGAUGGCAAGGAUGAUGGGGGCCCUGGCCAGGCUUCCCUGGAAGAUGACGAUACCUUUGAGGAUGGUCUGCUAGUGGAGGAGCUAUCCCUGUGUGGCUCUGCCCAGCACUUCUCCCACAGUGGGUUGCGGGUGGUGGAGCACCGGUGUGAAAGCAGCCCUAGCCACAGCCCCAAGGCCAGCAGAGAGAACAAGCUGCAGGAUGCUGCCACCACCUCCUCCUCUUCCUUCUCCUUCUCCUCCUUUUCCUGGCCCCAGCACACUGCUUGCAAUACUUUGCACACAAGAGACGGUUGCCACGUCUCAUCAGAGGAUCAGCCCACAGGCUAUGGGGAUAAUGGUGAGCAGACAAGUGGCGGCAACUUGCCUCACCAUGAUUUGCACAGUAUUGCACAAACAGCCUGGCUGGAUUCUGGUGGGACAAAAGAGAAGCCAGGGAGCAGCCCAGCUCACGGCAGCGGGGCUACUAGAGAAGAGGAAUGGCCAGUGACAGCCAAUGGGUGCAAGGAGCCCCCAGCUCUGCAGACAGCACUCAGCCCUGAGCCCAGCAAUCUGAGCUCCCUGGAGAAGACACCCUGUGGGAGCAGCCAGCUCAGUAGGAGCAACUGCCCUGUCAAAAGGAAGCUGCUGCCUGCUAGUGAGGUUGUGGCUGACUCCUGUUCUGAAGACGAGAGCCUGUCUCACCCAAUAAAAAAGAAGAGAGCCCUGCUGUGCCAUACAGUGCCAACAGCCUGCCGCAGCACUGAUGCCAAGGGGGCCCCUUUCUGGAAUCACCUGCUUCCCAAGGCCAAGAACUCUUCGAGUUGCACUGUGGUUGGGAGGAGGCUGAAGAGCGGGCUGCGCCUCAAAUUGCGCCAUCUCCAGAGCUGCUUCAAGAGGGGCAGUAGGUCCUCCACAGUGCCCUGGGCCACCACCACAGUCAGCCAUGCUCUGCUGGGCAAUUUUGAGGAGUCAUUCCUGAAAGGGCGCUUUGCCCCGUCGGGGAGGAUUGAGGGGUUCACAGCAGAGAUUGGUGCCAGCGGCUCCUACUGCCCCCAGCAUGUCACUCUGCCUGUUGACGUCACCUACUUUGACAUCUCUGAACACAGCAUGCCCUCACCUUUCCUGGGAGUGAUUGACUUGGAGGCCUUGGGAAAGAAAGGUUACAGUGUCCCCAAAACUGGAACCAUCCAAGUGACCUUAUUUAACCCCAACAAGACUGUGGUGAAGAUGUUCUUGGUGACAUAUGAUUUCCGGGACAUGCCAGCCAACCACAUGACAUUCCUGCGCCAUCGCAUCUUCCUGGUGCCCGUUGGGGAGAAAGAAGGAGCCACUGUGGCUCCCAGCGACCCACCUGGCACUGACCUGCCCCGCAGGGUCCUCUGCUACCUGAUGCACCUAAGGUUUCACAGUUCCAAGUCGGGGAAGAUCUACCUUCAUGAUGACAUCCGCCUGCUCUUCUCCCGCAAGUCAAUUGAGGUCGACUCGGGGAUUCCUUAUGAACUGAAAUCCUUCACAGAGAUGCCAAGGAACCCCUGCUACUCUCCCCGGGCCUGACCUUCUUCAUCUCC